CAGGUUUGCAUUGCUGUAAACGCAAGUUCUCAUAAGCUGGGUGCUGCAGUAUAUGACCCGGCAACGGGAGUACUUAGCCUGCUCGAAGAUACGGAGGACAGCGCCUCCUUUGACUUGGCGAUAUCGUUGUUCGAACAAACUGCACCCCAUACGGUGAUAACGAGCUCCAAAUCCGAUGAGAAGUUCCAGACUAUUGUCGAAGAACAUUGCAAAAGCAACCACAUCACGUACAAUUUGCGUAUAUCGCGCGAGUUCGCUCCUGCCCGCGGCGCCGAACGAUUGCUCUCUCUUUCCAUCUUUGCUGACUCGUCCACCGAAUACGCGCCCUCCACAACUACGUCCUCAACAUCUGGCCUGAAAGAUGCCUACGACUUCAUGCGGUCAAGAGUUGGAAAGGGUCGUGACCCAGAACGAAACUCAUGGGAAGGCAAGCUGAGGCUGGGGAAUUGGGGAAAGUCCGACGGCACCGCGUACCUAUGCAUGGGAUCUGCUGCUGCCUUGCUGGAUCAUCUUGUUCGCCUCCGAGCAACGGAAGGCGACCUCGAGAAUGAAGGGGUAACGGCCCUUGAUAUCACGGAUAUUCGGAGCUUUACUAUGGAACGGUAUAUGCACAUCAAUGCAGACGCAUUGUCGUCUCUUCAAGUCUUCAGCUCACAACAACACGCAAACAGCUACUCCGACCGGUCUAAAGAGUCACUGUCUUUGUAUGGUUUAUUAUUAGCUGCUCAUACUCCCCUGACAGCUCCUCUAUUACGUCGAGUGCUUCUUCGGCCCCUCACUGAACCGGAUGUGAUCAGAGGACGCCACGAUGCAAUUUCCCUGUUCUUACACCCAUCUGCAGAAUCAACCGUAUCGAGCUUCCCUACGCGACUCAAGGGCCUUGGCGGUGCGGGUCGAGCUAUGAAACUUCUGGGGCUUCGAGGUGGGCGGGCUGAGGGCGGUCCAAAAGAGUGGGGUGCCCUCGUGAAAUUCGCUUACGAAGGUGCCAUGUUGCGGGAAAGCGUGCUAGACUUGGUCAGCAUACCAGGUGCCAAGGACGUUGAGAUAGUUCGAAAGCUUCUGGGCUCGCUGGAAGUUGCGGCGUUCAGGGAAAUGGCUACUCUCAUCAACGAAACCAUUGACUGGGAUGCGUCAGAGCUAGAAUGCCGGGUAGUUGUUCGGCCGCGUGUGGACGAAGCACUGGACAAUGUUCGGCAUAUUUAUCACGGCCUGGACAGUUUGAUGUCUCGCAUUGCGCUGGAGAUCAGCCGUCAUGUUCCACCUCAGUUUGCAUCUGAGCUGAAUGUAUGCUAUUAUCCGCAACUUGGAUACCUGAUUACCAUUCCUCUUCGCGACGAAUGGCAAGGCGAAGCAGACUUUCAAGCAAUGCCUGGCUGGGCAGUCCAGUUUACAACAGAGGAAAAGGUCUAUUUUAAGUCACAAGAGAUGAAGGAUAUGGAUCAGCAAAUCGGAGAUGUUUACACUUCAAUGAUGGAUCGCGAAAUCGAAAUUAUCCAUUCCCUGAGAGAGCGCGUCAUGGCCUUCGGCGACCAGAUUCACGUUGCCCUUAUGGACUGUGUUGAGCUGGACUGCCUGCUGUGCUUCGCCAAUGCAGCUCGACUAUAUGACUGGCAUAGACCGACUAUCGUAGAAGAAAACAUCAUUCACCUUGAGAAUGCCCGACAUCCUUUACAGGAGCUUUGUGUCGAGUCCUUCGUGCCAAAUGGCUGUCACUUAGUCGGAGGCGUUCCAACGCCUUCGUCGACAGACGUAGCUACUAACAAUGACUCAGAGAGGAACAUAAUGAUUCUGACUGGCGCUAAUGGCUGUGGCAAGUCAGAUCGGCUGGUUUGCGGCAUUGUAUUCACAUUUGACGUUAUCUCACCUUUCGGCAGCUUCGUCCCCGCCGACAAGGCGAUAAUUGGCAUCGUAGACAAGAUUUUCACGAGGUGUCAAACGAAAGAGUCGGUCUCCAAAAUGCAGUCCGCUUUCAUGAUUGAUCUAUCUCAGGUCUCUCUGGCACUUCGCAACUGUACCGCACGGAGUCUUCUGAUCCUGGAUGAAUUCGGAAAGGACGGCGCUGGCCUUUUCUGCGGCACCAUUGACCAUUUACUCAAACUUGGACCAUCUGGUCCAAAAGUUCUGGCAGCAACUCAUUUUCACGAGAUCUUCAAUCGGCAUGGGCUCUCUGAAGACUUGCCGAUUAACUAUGCGCACAUGCAGAUUAUGUUCAGCUCAUCUUCUGGCACCAUCAUAGACACUGGAAGAAGCGAUGACAGUGCUGAAAACAACUUGGACGAGCACAUAACCUAUCUCUAUCGAGUAGCACCUGGUCUUGCUGAGACGUCUCAUGCUGCCCGCUGUGCGAUGCUUCAAGGUGUCCCCCGCCGAGUGAUCGAAAGAGCCGAAUAUGUCACCCGUCUCAUCUCACAGGAUGACAUUGAUCAGCUCCUCAACGAGGAUUUGACCGAUGCGGAAAGACUUGAGCUCGAGGCGGCGGAGGACGUCAUGAAGCGAUUCGUAGCCUGGGAUCUGGAGAAGUGGAACACAGAUGAAGACUUGCCCGACUUGAGAGAGGAGCUUAAGAUGGUGCUCAAUAUCCGAGAAUCCUCUGCGCACCCAUGA